CAAGCACGUGAAUUUUGCUUCCCUUGAAAAAUGUUAAAUUGCUUCGCAAAUAAAAAAUUCCCGUGUGGAAACCAUCCUUGCCAAUCACCAAUCAUUCUACGAAUUAUAUGCACGAGAUCAUUGAAGAUGGCCACCGAAAGCGAAAGCAUUUCAUCUGAGAACAUAUUGUCAAUAUUAGUUGCUACUGACUGUCAUCUUGGCUAUGCAGAGAAAGAUCCUAUCCGACAAGAUGAUUCUUUUACUACAUUUGAAGAAAUUCUACAGCUAGCUCAAAAUAAUGAGGUGGACAUGAUUCUGCUUGGAGGAGAUUUAUUUCAUGAUAAUAAACCAUCUCGAAGAACAAUACAUAAAACUCUAUCCCUUUUUCGGAAAUACUGUUUGGGGGACAAAGAAUGUCAGUUAGAAUAUCUUAGUGACCCUGCAGUCAAUUUCGAACAUUGCGACUUUCCAAUCGUGAACUAUCAAGACCCAAAUUAUAACAUUGCGUAUCCAGUAUUUUCUGUUCAUGGAAAUCAUGAUGAUCCCACUGGAGAAGGUUCACUCAGUGCUAUCGACAUUCUCAGUACCGCAGGAUUGUUAAAUCACUUUGGUAAAGCAACGAAUUGUGACAACAUUGACAUGUCUCCAGUGUUACUGAAAAAGGGUGAAACCAAACUUGCAUUAUAUGGACUUGGUGCAAUGAGAGACGAGAGGUUACACAAAACCUUUGUUUUGAAAAGAGUCAAAAUGUUGCGACCUAGAGAAGAUCCAGACUCGUGGUUUAAUGCUUUUGUUAUCCAUCAAAAUAGAGCAAAACAUGGCCCAAAGAACUAUAUUCCAGAAAGCUUUCUUGAUGAAUUUUUGGAUCUUGUUAUAUGGGGUCACGAGCAUGAGUGUUUGAUAGAUCCAACUUGGUCGGAAUCCAGCAAGCCUUUUUUUAUUUCCCAACCUGGAUCUAGUGUGGCAACAUCUUUAUCUAUUGGUGAAUCAAAGAAGAAACAUGUUGGCUUGCUGCAAAUCAACCAAAAACAAUUUCGAAUGCAAAAAUUGGAGCUGAAGACUGUACGUCAGUUUAUGAUGGACGAUGUUGUGUUAGCUAACACAGGUUUUAGUGAUACAGAAGAGGACAAGAUAUAUGAAUACUUGACUGAAAAAGUUGAGCAAAUGAUAUCUGAAGCUGAGUCAUUGCAUACUGGCCAUGAAAAACAACCUAGAAUCCCUCUUGUCAGAGUCAAGGUUGAACAUACUGGCGGUUAUGAAGUUAUAAACCCUCACCGUUUUGGUCAACAGUUCGUCAAAAGAGUUGCCAAUUGCAAAGACAUUUUGUUGUUUUAUAGAAAAAGAGUAGUAGGAACAAGAGGAGAGAAAAACUACGAGCAGAAUGAACCUAACUUUCAUUUCAAUCAACCCAAUGCUGUGAAGAUGGAGGAUUUGAUUAAUGAGUAUCUUAAUGCAAAUGAUGAGGCACUUCAAUUGAACGUCUUAUCUGAACGCAAACUUUCGAAAGCUUUAAACGCAUUCGUGAUGAAGGAUGAGAAGGAUGCCAUACCUGAGCUUGUGAAUCAUCUACUACGCAAAGUGCAGACUGAUUUGAAAAGUAGAAAUUUGAAGGAAGGAAUGAUUGACGCUGAGAUUGACAAUUUAAGAUCAAAAGAUGAUAAUGUUGAUGAAAUAGCAGAGGAUGAGGAGUUAGAGGAGGUUUUUAGAAACACUCGUGACAACACAACUGAGAAAGCAUUUGACGAUGAUAGCGAUGUAGAAAUUGUGGACGAAAUUGAUGGCGAAAUAGCUUCCUCUAAAUCCAAUCGUGGUAGGGGUAGAGGAAGUAGAAGCAGACGUGGUAGCAGAGCAUCAACAAGUAAUACCAGAGGAAGAGGACGUGGCAAAAAAGCUGACAAAGGUGACACACAAAGAACUGUAUCAGAUUCGUUCAUGUCAACGAACAGAAAUAGCACUUCAAGACGUGGUAGUGCUGCCAAGACUUCAUCCACACCAUCACUCUUAGCGCAGAACCGCAAGCGAUUCCAAGAUAUGUCUGACGAUGACGGGGAGAAUCCGUUUGAUUUUGAAGACACUCCACCGUUGAAGAAGAUGAGACCCUAAAAUCCGGCUUUAUUUGUGUUUGUUGACAACAUGCUGGCGAUUUCUCUGUUUUCUUACACAUUACAGAUGUUCGCUUUCAAAAAGAAUGAAUUUAGAAGGCAAAGGCUAUAAUCAUAAAACUUAGUAUUAGCUUGCCUUCCGUGAAAACCAAAUUAUUUUCAUAUAAAUGAGCUUGGAAAGUUGCCUAUGAUUUCAUAUAUAUGAAAGUUACACUAAUUAUAGACGACAUCAUCAACUAGUUGUUAGCGAUGUUUUGUA